GUUCCGUUCUUUUGGCUGAAAUAUAAAUGUUACUUCCUCUGUCCCAAAAUUAUUGUUCAGUUUGAGAUUUUACUUUUAGUACAAUUUGAACUAGGAAUGAAAAUCUAAAUUGGACAAUAAUUAUGGGAUGGAGGGAGUAAUAAUUAUGGGUAAGAUAAAAUUCAGUAUGAUCAUAGCAGAAUUGGAAAACUCUUUUAAUUGUUGCUUUAAGCCUUUAACAAUGAUGUCAAUGUGGGAUCACUAAGAACAAGCAUCAGAUUUCACUUUUAGUACAAUUUAAACUAGAAAUGAAAAUUUAAACUGAACGAUAAUUAUAGGACGGAGGGAGUAUAAUUUUACACGCAAGUAUAGAGUUUUUCCAAUUCAUUGAUCUCCAGUUCUAUGCAACAAUCAGAUCACAUCGAAGUGCUCUACAAUGGUAAAUGUUUUUCAUCUAAAUAUGCAUUUCAAUCUUUUCUUUUCUAUAUUCUUAUACUUGUGUAUGUAGAUUUACUUCGCUCAUGGAUUUUCUUGUAAUUAAUCACGGCCUUCCUUUACAAAAGCUAAGAGCCGAGAAUCCCAUUUAGUACCAGUUUGGAUAGGCUUGCUUUGUGUAAUGAUGAUACCCUAGGUUUCUUUUCCAAGUCGGACUAUAUUGUACCAGUAGUUUCAAUAUUAUUUCAACAACUUAUGAACUCAAACUUUUCGAUUUGGAGCAUGUUUCGAUUUAAUCUUUCAUUUAACAUGUACAUCAUAUUUCUUUGCCUCGUAGGUCAUGCUAUAAUUUUAUUUAUAGAAUGCGUAGAACUAGUUAAUUAAUUAAUUUUUAAAUGUCAAAUACGGAAUACUGACGUGGGAUUAUGGCGUCAUCUUUAUGUUUAAAGACUUCUCGCUUUUGAACUUACAAUUUGUCAAAUGAAAAGACUUCAAAAUUCAAAUAUAUAAAUCAAUAAAAAUUGACUUGGCUAAGGAGUACUCUCUCUGGUCCUUAAUAUAAGACAUUUUAAUUUAUUUUAGGUUUCACUUAAUAUGCAUCUUUGAUUGACAAAAAAAUCUUAAAAAUAUAAGAUAGAUUUUUUUGUCAAUUAGAAAUGUGUACUAGAUAAAAAAGUCAAAAUGUCUUAUAAAAAGGACCGGAGGGAGUACGUUAUUUACUUUGGUAAUACUUCCUUCCCACUCUUUAUAAGGCAUUUUGGUUUAUUCUAAAUUUUAUCUAGUAUAUUUUUUUAAUUGAAAAUUAAACCUUAAAAUGUAUGUUGACAUGAAUUAUGAUCUCCCAAUUAUUACAAAAUACUUUUAAGUUUUAAAGUUUUAUUUUCAAUUUGAAUAACAUGUUAAAGGAAAUUUAGGACAAAUUAAAAUAUCUUAAUAAGAACCAGAGGGAGUAUCAAAGGUUGAACUUUCACAUAAUGCUUUUUUUUUUUUUAAUCAUACAAUAAUUUUUUAUUUUUUUAAGAAAAGUAGAAUUUUCAUUUGCACUAAAUGACAAUAAAACAUUAUAUAAAUCAAUGAAAAAUAUAGAAAUUUUGCCAUAGACUAAAGUUUUAUCUGAUUAAUUUCUUUUUUGGUAAUGCCAGGUUUCAACCAGAGAUAGAUAAACUCACUAAUUUUUUUUUCCCGAUAAUGUCACAGACUCUACCAGAGAUGGUUUUACCACUGAAGUAACACCUCAUUCGCGAUUAGUUUCUUUGAUGUAAAUUGUUUUUGAGAAAAUAAAAAUUCGAUAAAAUGAAAAUAUUAUUAUUUAUGUACUUGCGAUUCUUCAACGGUGACCAGAAUCAAGUAUAUGUUUGUUUUGUUUUUUUAGUGUGUGUUUUUAGGUAUUUUUUGUAUUAUGAAUGUAAAAAAAAUGUAUUGAAAAUAUAAAAAGAUAUGUUGGAAUAUGACAGUUAUUAUUAAAAUAAUAUGAAAAAACCAUUCGAAAAACCAAACAAAUCACCAUACAAACAUCAUCUUUUCUCUUACAAAAAUUUUACAUGGAAUAUGUCAUAUUUGGAUUAUGAGAUCUAAUUUCCAAAAUUUUAAACUUUCAUUUUUCUGUUUUUGGGAUGAAUAUAUUCAUAGGAAUUUGAAUUUAUUACGUAAACCUAAACAUUCCCGGUUUUUCCCUCUCCCAUAGAAAGACGGGAUGACCGAACCAUUGCCCACCACUACGGGUCAAAACCCUUCUGAACAAAACCCGCUUGACGAUCCGGGCUUAUUCGGCGAUCCUGACCCACUACUGGAAAACGGGUGGUUCAUCGACCCAGAAGCUGCCGUCCCCUCCGAACCAAUGGCCGGCGUCGACCCGGAUACGAAAGCUGCGCCGGAAGCCACUGCCGGAGAAGCCAGCCCCAUCAUGGCCACUCCGGUUUCGCAGCGGCGGGCGAGAAGAACGGCGGAGGAUGUGUCUGAGAGACCUGACUGGUUACCCGAAGGUUGGAAGAUGGAAGUGAAGGUUCGGACCUCCGGUGCCACUGUUGGAACUGCUGAUAGGUAUUUCUUUUCACCAUCGGGAGAAAGAUUCCGCUCAAAGGUAGAGGUUCUUCACUACUUGGAAACGGGAAGCAGGCGCAAGAACGGUAGAAAGUCAAAAGAUGAUCCCGAUCCUGCAUCUACAGAGAAGCCUUCAGAGAGUCCUGCGGAACGGAAGAAAAAGAAACCCAAAGCCACAUCAAACGCAAAGAAUUUUUCCGACCUAAACUUCGACUUCAAAAACCCGCCAGAGAGUGUGACUUGGGUUCAGUCAGAUGCAUCCGGAGAUAACUGGGUGCCAUCCACUGACGAUGGAAAUGUACCCAUAGACGCUAAGGAGUGGGGGACCGUUUACGCUCGCCUAUCGCAGUUGGAUAAAAGCAGCGACGCAUCUUGAGACGGUUGUACUCAACAAUGAUAUGAACAGAUUAGGUUGCUUUUGAUGAGGUGCAUAGGACUGAUAGAAACUCUGCGUAGUAUUUAGGAACCUGCUCCUAUUUCUUCAUCGGAUUGGCUUGUGGAUAAAUUUGAAAACCUUUUGAUAAAUUGGAUAACUUUUUAACUGUUCAGCUUUUGUAUAUCUGAUGGCAUGUUUAUUUUCUGGGCCGUCAUUCCCUGACUAACGAUUUGAAUGAUCAAUUUCUUAUCUUCCAUCC